AUGAGCUCUUUAUUUACAGAAUUAGAAGAUCCCUACUUGAAUCCUAAGACACAAUUAGUUAAAGCAGAUGCAAUUAAGAAUGCAAUUAUAUUGCUUUAUAACUUAGGAAAACAAGAAUUGAAGAAAAGUGUGGUAGAAACAAAUUCAUGGUCU